UACGAGUUGUAUGCACUGUAAAGCGCCACAUCCUUUAAGAUUCUGAAUGGUUCACUGCUAGGAGGCUGCCUAACACAGAGCCAAAAGCACACUGCCUCCCCAACCGCAACAUGCCUGCUCUACUCAUCUUCAUUAAGGGUUACUAACGGUCGAAGCCCUGAGGCCACAGAGUCGACGGCAAAGAGGUGUCAUACAGAUGCAGACCCAGGAGUUCUUGAGACAGCUGCGGAUCCCUGAGCUGGAGGAUCUACGCCAGUAUAUUCGCAGCCUGCCCGCUAAUGCUUUAAUGGGCAUGGGCGCCAUUGCCGCUCUGACUACCUACUGGUAUGCCACACGACCCAAAGCACUCAAGCCGCCCUGUGACCUCAACAUGCAGUCAGUGGUCAUGCCGGGUGAAGAUUACAUCAGGCGAUCCAUUCUGAAUAGCAACGAUGACCACAUGACACACUACUACAGCGACGCACGGACCAUGUAUGAGGUUUUCCAUCGAGGCUUGCGAGUGUCCAAUGAUGGACCCUGUUUAGGAUCCAGAAAACCCAACCAACCUUAUGAGUGGCUGUCCUACCAAGAGGUUGCAGACAGUGCUGAGUGCAUUGGCUCAGCCCUUCUUCACAGGGGGCACUCCCAGACUGGUGACAAGCAUAUUGGCAUUUUUGCCCAGAAUAGGCCAGAGUGGACCAUUUCAGAGUUGGCCUGUUACACAUACUCCCUGGUGUGUGUUCCAUUGUACGACACGCUAGGUCUUGAGGCCAUUGAAUACAUCAUCAAUCAAGCUGCCAUCUCCACUGUGAUUUGUGACAUGGGGGAUAAAGCGAGACUCAUUGUGGACUGCGUGAGUGGCAAGGAGCACACGCUGAAGACCAUCAUGCUCAUUGAGCCAUUUGAUGAGGACCUGGUGGCUUGCGCCAAGCAGUGCGGCAUUGAGAUACUCAGUCUGAAGGAAGCAGAGGCUGUUGGAAAGGCCCACCACCAGAAUCCAUUGCCCCCAACACCAGAUGACUUGGCACUCAUCUGCUUCACCAGUGGAACCACAGGCAAUCCAAAGGGUGCAAUGCUUACACAUGGCAAUGUUAUUGCUAACUGUGCUGCUUUCAUCAAGAUUACGGAGGUGCACAGCAUGCUGAGCCUCCACGACAUUCACAUGUCCUACCUUCCUCUUGCACACAUGUUUGAGAGGGUAGUGGAGGGAGUGAUCCUGGUGCAUGGUGCCCGUAUUGGCUAUUUCCAGGGAGACAUCCGGCUCCUUAUGGACGACCUGAAGACCUUACAGCCCACCGUCUUCCCUGUGGUACCCCGUCUACUCAACCGCAUGUUUGAUAAGAUUUUUGGACAGGCCAACACACCACUGAAGAGGUGGAUGCUGGACUUUGCCACUAGGAGGAAGCAGGCAGAAAUGAUGAGUGGAGUGGUCAGGAAAGAUAGCUUGUGGGACAAGCUCAUCUUCCAAAAAGUCCAGAACAGUCUUGGUGGUCGUGUGAGGUUGAUGAUCACAGGAGCGGCCCCAGUGUCUCCAACUGUUCUGACCUUCCUCCGUGCCGCUUUGGGAUGCCAGUUUUAUGAAGGCUAUGGUCAGACAGAAUGCACAGCCGGCUGUACAAUGUCAAUGCCCGGGGACUGGACAGCAGGUCAUGUGGGGGCUCCAUUACCGUGCAACUAUGUGAAGCUGGUGGAUGUGACGGAGAUGAACUACUUUGCCACCAAUGGGGAAGGAGAGGUGUGUGUGAAAGGACCAAACGUAUUUAAGGGCUACCUAAAGGAUCUGGAGAAGACAAAGGAGGCCUUGGAUGAGGACGGCUGGCUUCACACGGGAGACAUUGGAAAAUGGCUGCCUAAUGGUGUUCUGAAGAUUGUGGACAGGAAGAAGCACAUCUUUAAGCUGGCUCAAGGAGAGUACAUUGCCCCUGAGAAGAUCGAGAACAUCUACAGCCGGAGCGACCCAGUGGCCCAGAUCUUUGUCCAUGGUGAUAGCUUGCAGGCAUGCCUUGUUGGAAUUGUGGUGCCUGAUCCAGACUUCCUACCAGGAUGGGCAAAGAAGAAGGGCAUUGAAGGUUCUUAUUUGGAGAUGUGCGCAAGCAAGGAACUGAAAAAUGCAAUACUGGAGGACAUAUUGAGGCUGGGAAAAGAAGGGGGAUUGAAGUCUUUUGAACAGGUAAGAGACAUCGUGCUCCACACAGAGAUGUUCUCUGUUCAGAAUGGACUUCUGACGCCCACGCUAAAGGCUAAGAGGACCGACCUCCGCAAACACUUCCAGGAGCAGAUCGACCUGCUUUACACCAAGAUCAAAAUGUGAACCAACUGGCAGAGGAUCGACAAUCAUCUGGAAGCCACAGCCCCCUCUCCCUGAUCACAGUGCUCAUCGGAGGAAAGGAUCACCAAACAUUCUUACCCUGCCUUGUUUACUGUGACUAAGUGUCUUCGGUCCCCUUGUUUCAAACUAACCAACAGGCGACUGACAGUGUAGAAAUGAAAGUGGUUGAGAGAGGGAUGCAGACAGUUGCGAUGGAGUCCUAGGUGGAUAUUCAAACAAACCCAGAUAAACGACCCCUGCAUAGCGAUAGACCUUUAAAAGUUGAAUUCCAUUGUUUUUGCUAAUCAUUUUCACCGUGAAGUGCAGUGGAUGUCAGCUCAAUGACUUUUAAAAAUAUAUAUUUUUCCAGGCAUUUAGGCUUUAUUGGGACAGUGGGAAAAAGAGUUUCUCAGACUGCUGGACCACCCUAGGCCAGAAGUCAAUCACUUUUUGAAGUAAAUAAUGGUGCACAGGUCAUUUAUCCACAUUUGUUUGUGUCUCAGUUGUAGCAAACGGGGAAAAGGAUGCCUUACUGUCCAUGUAAUUCUGUGUCAACCAUUUCUGCCAUAGCUGUCUCCAGUUAGGAAAUGUCUGCAAUUUUUGUACCACUAUGAUUGGUAAUUCCUGAAUCGUGUUAUAGUUCAUUUCAAUUAACCCAGUGUCAAUAAUCAUCUCUCUUAUCUUUGAGAAAAUAAGUUUGGUUUAUCCUCGAUUUUUUUUAAUUGUUGAUCUGAUGUUUUUGUUGUUGUAUGACCACAUCCUAGCAGACAUCAGUAAAUGCAGACAUCCCAACCUGCAAAUACUAAUUUCAGGGAAGUGGCUUCACUGGCUACUGCGCAACCCCCUCACCCCCCCAGACACAAUUUCAUGACGAGAUAGAAUGUCUGAAAUGGUUCAAAAUACUGACAUAACCUACUAUAUACUACACAGUACGUACAUCAGAAUCACCCGUAGUAUGCCAUUUAAGAUUCAUUCCUUAACACACUCGCUCGCUCUCAAAAAUAAUUGAUAAAUAUCAAAAUUGAUACUUUAUAUAAUUUGUGGGCAUCAGGGAGACUCCCGGAACUUCCAGGAGAGUUGGGAUGUCUGUUACUGGAAGACUGAAACAACAUAUUAAUACUGUCUUGUUCAACUUUGACAAAUACAGUAGCUAUUUAUACCAGUCUGUUUGAUGAUUUUUUUUAUUUAAGAAGAUAUUUAACGUUGAUGGAUGUUGCUAUACAUACCUAUCUGUAACAACAAAUCUGGAGGACAUUCAUGGUUGAGACAGUGGAAUUGCCAUGUUGUUGUUUUUAAAAUGAUUUUUCUUUGCAUUCCCCUACUUUUCAACAUUGUACUGGCACAAAACCUAGUCUAAGCCUUUCUGAAUCUGUCCUGAACCAUUUUAGCACCUAGGCAACUAGGAAGACUGGUAUUGUGACCUUAUGAAUUGUGAACCACUAGCUAAUAGCACAAAAGCCUGUUAAAAGAGACAUGCCUUCGGCAGGGAUUAAAGACGAGGUCGUUUUUUUUCGUUCUGGUAUUGCACUUGCAAACACAGUGCCACCAAUGUCUCUGGUCUUUCACAGAAACAUUUUGUCCUUUUAAAAUAUUUUUGUCCUUUUAAAGUGUCCUUUUAAAACUACAGUGGCCUCAAUGUGCCAAAAUGCACAUGCUAGGACCUUUACUGUCCACAGUCAGCUUAGUCAUGUCAGCUGAUGGGAACCAGUGAAGUAAUUCCCGCUAAACCAUGGGUUUGGCAAAUUGUUGAUAUUCUAUUCUCUAGCCAAUAAAUUAAAUGGCUAUAAGAUUGUUUUUUGUAGCCCAUCAAUGCAGUUCAAAAAUUGAGGCAGUAAAACUACCCUUGGUCUCAAAGGAAUAUGCACUAACCAUAUUUCAUCAUAUAUACAUCCCCUAAUGAAUGUGGAGAAAGUACAGUUUAACUGGCUCAAGCCAGAAGCAAACCAUGGCUCACUGCAAGAGUGUUUUCUUCAGACAAAGAAGUUACUUUGUGCUAGACCUAACCAUCAUUUACCUCUAUAUAAGGAACCAACUUCUAGAUAUGUCAGUGUCUUGUGAUCUAACGAGCUACAAAAAAUGUUCCUUUGUGAAUUCAGGUUAUUUAACAAUAAGUUAAGUGCUUAAUAAGCACAUUCACCUGUUUAGGAUUGUUGUACAUAAUUGGGUUUGUUUGCUUGAUGAAAUGCUUGAAGACAACUUCACAGAUACCAGGAACUUCAGCUCUCCUUAAAUCAGCAGAGCAGUGUUCAGUUUUGAUGUUUUGUACAGAGGUUAAAAUUCAUACCUUUCUUUUACUCAACUGCACCAAAUAAACACUGUUGUGCGUUUCUCCCA